CUCAUCCUACCAGACAAAGUCAUCUGUGAUCAGAACCCACCGCUCCACCCCACCACAACCAUGCCGAUCACAGUAACUCUCCCCCAACUCUCCAAAACCAUCGACCACUCCCUCCUCCACCCCACCAUGACGGACACCGACAUCCUCACGGGCCUGCGCAUCGCCUGCGACUACAACGUCGCCACCGCCUGCAUCAAGCCCUACUCCAUCGGCCUCGCCAAGGAUAUCCUCGCCGGAUCGGACGUCCUCAUCUGUCCCGUCAUCGGCUUCCCGCACGGAAAUAGCACGACCGAGAUCAAAGUCCUCGAGGCCACGGCGGCCGCUCAGGCCGGGGGCGCGGAGAUCGAUAUGGUGGUGAAUGUGGGGAAGGUACUAAGUGGGGAGUGGGGGUAUGUCCACGCCGAAAUACAAGCAAUCAAUGAAGCGGUGGUGAAGCAUGGGGCGAUACUCAAGGUGAUUUUCGAGAAUGACUAUCUCUCCGCGGAGCAUAUUGCCCGACUAUGUGAGAUCUGCACCGAGGUAGGAGUGGCAUUUGUCAAGACGUCGACGGGGUAUGGGUUUGUCAAGCAGCGGGAUGGGUCGUAUAAUUACCGCGGGGCGACGGUGUCGGAUUUGAAGUUAAUGAGGGAGAAGACGGGGGAGAAGGUACAGAUUAAGGCGGCCGGGGGUGUACGGACGUUGGAUGAUUUGUUGCAUGUGAUGAGUUUGGGGGUGACGCGGAUUGGGGCCACGGCGACGGUGGCCAUUCUGGAGGAGGCGAAGAGGCGGGGGACUGGGAAUGAGCCGGUGGAGGUGGAAUUCCGGCCGGGGAGCGUAGGUAGAUAUAGCUGGGUCGAUUAGCU